AUGACCAUAGUUUCCAGUGGUCCUAGAGGUCUGCUCUGCAAAGAUUCACAGCAGCCUUCACUGCUGAGGACUGCCACAGCCUUUGUGGAUGAUACAGAUUCCCAAGUUUUCAUCACUGAUGACUUCCUUGUGGACCCCAACAAACCCCUCUGCAGAAGACCCUGCUCACCACCACCACCAUACAUCAGCAGCCAGCUCCCACAGCCAAGUGUCUGCCCCAAACCAUCUCUGGCCACCAUUGCAGACGGCCCUGAUCUGGACCUGAAGGUGUUGCUGAAGACCCCAAUAGCCUGUGUAUCUACUGUGAGCCCCCCUACAGCUCUCACCAAGGAUCCUGCAAUUGUCCAUGUUGUGGACUCCAGAUGCCUGAGCCAACAAGUCACCAGACACCCUUCAACCUGGAGCCACCACAUACCUCUGCACUUGGUGUCCUGUAUCACUGUACUAGACUUUACUAAAAUGAAAGUACACUCUCAAGAGUAUUCAGAGCUUCUUCCAGAAUGGCGUCUGCCCGGGUUUUGUGGACUUCCCUCACGGCAUGUACCCAAACGCCAGUCUUCGCUUCCACCUCAAACGAAGAAGCAGAGACCGCCUGCUGCCCCCAAGCCAGAAGAGACGUCCACCUCUCAGCACUUGACAAAAGGAGAAAAAGAACAGAAGGAAGCAAUUGAACAUAUUGAUGAAGUACAAAAUGAAAUAGACAGACUUAAUGAACAAGCCAGUGGGGAGAUUUUGAAGGUAGAACAGAAAUAUAACCAACUCUGCCAACCAUUUUUUCAGAAGAGGUCGGAAUUGAUCGCCCAAAUCCCAAAUUUUGGGGUAACAACAUUUGUGAACCAUCCACAAGUGCUUUCACUGCUUGAGGAGGAUGAAGAGGCACUGCAUUAUUUGACAAGAGUUGAAGUGACAGAAUUUAAAGAUGUUAAAUCAGGUUACAGAAUAGAUUUUUACUUUGAUGAAAACCCUCACUUCGAAAAUAAAGUUCUCUCCAAAGAAUAUCGUAGGAAUGAGAGUGAUGAUCUAUCUUCAAAGUCCACUGAAAUCAAAUGGAAAUCUGGAAAGGAUCACAAACGUUCAAGUCAAACAUAGAAUAAGGCCAGCAGGAAGAGACAGCGUGAGGAACCAGAGAGCUUCUUCACUGACCAUUCUGAUGUGGGUGCAGAUGAGUUAGGAGAGGUCAUCAAAGGUGAUAUUUGGCCAAAUCCGUUACAGUACUACCUGGUUCCCUAUAUGGAUGAUGAAGGGGAACGAGAAGAAGAAGAUGAUGAUGAUGAAGAAGAAGGAUUGGAAGAUAUUGAUGAAGAAGGAGAUGAUGAAGCUGAAGAUGAAGAUGAUGAUGAGGGGGAGGAAGGAGAAGAGGAUGAAGGAGAAGAUGACUAA